AUGGCUGAAAUCGUUGUUAGCGCGUUCUUAACUAAGGUGUUUGAGAAACUCGCCUCUAGUGAGUUGAGGAGGCUGGCUCGAUCCGUACGAAUCGAUUCUCAGCUGAAGAAAUGGAAGAGGUCAUUGCUGCUGAUCCAAGCUAUGCUUGCUGAUGCAGGCCAGAAACAGAUAAGAGAGAGAGCUGUUCAAUUGUGGGUGAACAAUCUCCAGGAUUUGGCUUACGACAUAGACGAUGUACUCGAUGAUUUGGCCACCGAAGCCAUACGACGCGAGUUGAAUCAAGAAUCUUAUGUCAGCACCAGUAAGGUACUGAAGUUCAUCCCAACUUAUACUAAUUUCACUCAUCGAAGCUUUAUGUACGGUCGUCAGAUGAGUUCUAGGCUUGAUGAGAUAGGCACCAAACUAAAUAAUCUUCUUGAGGCGAGAAAUAAUCUGGGGUUGAAUGUGAUUGUUGAAAGGUCAAAUAGAACAACGAGACGUUGGGAGCAAACUUCACUGAUUGAUGAGUACAAAAUCAUGGGUCGGGAAGGGGAUAAAGAGGCACUGCUCGUGAAGUUGUUGAGGAAUGAAGCAUGUUAUGAAAAUGUGAGCGUAGUGUCGAUAGUUGGAAUGGGUGGGAUUGGCAAAACAACUCUUGCAAAAGUUUUGUACAACGACUACAAAGUGCAGGAUCGCUUUGAAGUCAGGGCAUGGGUCAAUGUUUCUGAAGAGUUUGAUCUAUUCACUAUUAGCAAGGCUAUUUUUGUAGUUGUAGGUGGGGAGGACAAAAGCUUUUCUAAUCUUGAUAUGCUUCAGGUUGCCCUAAAAGAUAAACUUUUAAAGAAAAGGUUCCUACUUGUUCUGGACGAUGUUUGGAACAAAGACUACAAGAUGUGGGAACAUCUCCUAAGCCCUCUUCUUGUAGGGGCACCUGGAAGUAGAAUUAUAGUUACGACCCGUGAUUCCUGGGUUGCAUGCAUAAUGGGCUCUGAUGAACCUUACAAUCUUAAUGUUUUGUCAGAUGAAGAUGCUCUGUCUUUACUUGCUCAACAUGCGCUCGGUGAAAAAAACUUUGACAAAAGGCCAACACUUAAAUCGCUUGGUGAAGGUUUUGUGAAGAAAUGUGGUGGAUUACCUUUGGCUUUGACAAUGUUUGGGAAGUCAUUGAGGACAAAAAUUGAUGUUAAUGAGUGGAAAAUGUUGUUGAAUACUGAGAUGAAGGAUGUGCAGAUUGGAAGAGAGAUUCUUGCAUCUCUAAGAUCAAGCUACUAUGAUCUCCCUUCACAUUUGAAGCAAUCAUUUGCAUACUGCUCCUUAAUUCCCAAGAACUAUGUGUUUAACAAGAAUGAAUUAGUCCUAAUGUGGAUGGCACAUGGAUAUCUGUCCCAAUCAGAAGGCAGCAAAUCAAUGGAGUUUUUGGGUCAUGAGUAUUUUCAAGUGCUUAAGUCAAAGUCCUUUAUUCAACAUUCAGCGACUGGUGAAUUAGGAUAUACAAUGCACACCCUGAUCAAUGACUUGGCAACAAGUGUCGCAGAAGAGUUUUACUUUAGAUUGGAUGAUGAGAUGAACAUGUCCAACACAAAUGAAACCUUCAAGAAGCUUCGUCACUUUUCUGUAAGUCCAAGAUGUGGAUCAUAUAGAAGGCUUAAAGAAUUACAAGGAGCUACACGCUUACAAACUCUCUUACUGAUUCCAUCACUUGGUGGGAAAGGUUAUGGCUUAUUGGACAAUCUUCUUGCUGAAUUACUUCCUAAACUACAGUUCUUAAGGGUGCUAAGUGCAGCUAAUCAGGAAAUCACAAAGGUACCAGAAUCCAUUGGCAAUCUCAAGCAUCUGCGGUACCUCAAUUUUUCUGAUACUGCAAUCACAUGUUUACCGGAACAAGUGAGUCACCUUUAUAAUUUACAGACCUUGUUGCUUCGUAACUGUUAUCAGUUAUCUGAAUUGCCAGAAAGUUUUGCAAACUUAAUAAACCUGCGACAUCUUGACAUAAGUGGUACUCCGAAUCUGAACAAGAUGCCGUUAGGGAUCGGUGGGUUGACGACUUUACAAACUCUUCCCACGGUCAUUAUUGAAGGAGAAAACGGGUUCAAAAUAUCGGAGCUCAAGAGCCUAUCAGAUCUUCAAGGUGAACUUUCCAUUAUGGGGUUGGACAAAGUGAUAGAUCCAAAACAAGCAAAGGACGCUAACUUACAUCAAAAGGAGGGUCUUGAUGUUUUGGAAAUGAAAUGGAGUAAUGUGUUUGAUGGUUCUCGGAAUGAGAUGAAUGAGUAUAAAGUAGUUGAAGAGCUAAGGCCUUGUCCCAAGUUAAGAAACCUGAAAAUUUUGUUCUACAAGGGAACAAAAUUUCCUACUUGGGUUGGCGAUUCCUCAUUUGAUCAUUUAACAGAGCUUACUUUUUGUGGUUGUACAAGUACACAUUUACCACCACUUGGACAUCUAAAGUCACUUCGAAAACUUUUUGUUACAAGGAUGAAUGAGGUGAAGACUGUGGGUUUUGAGUCAAUUGACAUUGCAUUUCCAUCACUUGAAGUUUUGAAAUUUGAUGAUAUGCCAGGUUGGCAAAGAUGGUUACUUAGUGGUGGUGACAACCAUGGAACUGCUACACCAUUUCCUCGUCUCCAUGAGAUUUCUAUAAGACGUUGUCCAAAACUAGCUCAAGUGUCAAUUGAGUUGAUACCCUCACUUCGGCUUUUACGUAUAGAAGAAUGUUAUGAAGCAGUGUUAAGAAGCAUGGUUGGUGUGUCUUCAUCACUUGUUUCAUUGGAAAUGUUGAAUCUGAAAGGACUUACUCAACUACAUGGAGAAGAUUUAAAGCAUCUCGGGGCACUUGAAGAUCUAUAUGUUGCUGAAUGUGAUGAACUGAUACACUUGGGAGAACCUGUUAGUGUACACAAGUUGGAGGUACUAAAUUGUAAAAAAUUAGCUUCAUUGGGAGAGAAAGAGGUGAAUAAUGCGAUUAGCAUGCGAUCUCUUAAAGAAGUGAUAUUUCUCAACUGUAACUCACUAGAGAGUUACACCUGUCCAAAAACUGUUGAGAAGUUGGUGAUAGGUUGGUGUCGUUCAAUGACAUCUUUGACCUUACACGAGCUCGACUCCUCGUUGAAAGAAUUGUGUAUAAAUGAUUGUCCAAAUAUGGACUACUCAUUUCCUUCUGGGUCAUGGCCUCUUAAUUUAAGCAAACUAACGAUUGGAGGUUUAAAAAAGCCUAUGUCAGAGUGGGGAUUUCAGAAUUUUCCAACCUCAUUAGUUGAACUACACUUGUAUGGAGAAAAUUCAGAAGUGGAUUCAUUUGCAGUGGCAAAAAAAGCGAGGAAUGCCACUACUACUUCUUCAUCAACCUUUAUUCUUCCAUCAUCUCUAACUUCUCUAUCACUCGAUGGUUUUAUGGAUGUGGAAUCACUUUCAGAGCGAUCUGCCCGAGACAAGUUUCGACUCCUCAUCUUUGACAAUAAGGGUGUGGCAGUAGAAAAGGUGAGACUUUCAUGUGUGGUUCUGAACGUAUGUAAAGAGAGCUUUUGGUUGUGUUGUAAAGCGUAUUGGGCUACAUGUGCUGAGUGGGCUGAUUCUCUGGAUAGGACGCAUAUGGGCUUUGACAUUGGGUAGAAAGUGAAUAAGGCCGAAGAUAGGAGGGGAGAAAGUGACAAGCAGCUGAAGCUUUGAACUCCGAGUAAACUCUCAGCUGGAGAGGGUUUAUAAGUUCAUGAACAGAGCUAUAAGUCGUCAUUAUUCACAUAUCGUCUUCACAGAACAGAAUAUCUUCAGAGGGUGUUCUUGUUCGUUUUAGGGUUUUGUACAUGAACUUGUAUACAUCAUGUCAUCGUAAUCGUUCUUGUAAAUUGAUAGUAAUCUAGAGAAAACGAGUAGGGUUUUAUUAUUGACCUUAAAAAUUAAUUACAAAGAAAAGGAAAAUAAAGCGC